GAUACAAAGGGGGCAAUCUGCAAAACGUGUGCUGCCCCGUCGCCGGCGGCAUCAAGAGGCGCGAGGGCAUCAGCGGCCGGCGGCCCGACGCGGCGCACCCAAGGUCAACUCCGCCGCUGCGGCCUUUCGGGCUUCCUGCGGGAGCCGCCGCUCUCAGUCGCCGCAACAGAGGACUCCGGCGACAAUCUGGUCAGCGCCGCCUCCCUCCCCAUUCCAUCACCAACUCCUCCCUCUUACCCCUUUCCAAGAAAUCACCCGCAGCAAGCGUGCGCAUCUUGCACGCUCGAGCGAGCUCGUUGCUGCUGCUAACCGCGACAUGACAGCGCGAUUGCAAGUUGAAUCAUUCAGGAGCUGCAGAAUUGCAUGAACAUCAGGAUGCUUUGCUGCAGCGAGCACCCAACGCAGCUGGAUGCGAGCCGAGUCAACUAGCUGUUCAUCCCUCCACCGGCAGCUUGCAGGCGAGAUUGCUAGCCAUGGUGCAGACAUGACAGCCUCGUAAUCGAGCUCAUUCAGCGAUGCGAUUCUUGGGUGGUGGUGGCUUUGGUUGCAGCGUACCAGCAGGAAUGGCCUACCACCUGAGAUCCGCGAGCGUGCCUUCGAGCCCUCGCUCCAACGAGACCAAUGUUGAGGAGCAGCUGCAGAACCUGAAGGCAGCUGUCUCUUCGCCUUCAGCAACCAUCGAAACCAUGGUUGGUGGUCUGAGCAAGCUCGGGAGCAUCUACAACCGCAUCGAUGAGCUGCUCACAUGCUUGCCCAGCAGCCAGAGGAAGGCGGUGGAGGAGGAGCUCGAGGGCUCCCUCAUCCUGCUCGACCUCUGCAACGCCGUGCAAGGGAGCUUUGUGGAGCUCAAGACCAUCGCCCAAGAGAUGCAGUUGGCUCUGAAAAGAGGAGACGAUGCGGGUCUUCAGACCAGGGUUCAGUGUUACGCAUGCUCAGCAAAGAAGGCGCAGAAGCUGUUCAAGAAGGUCAACAAGAAGACUGCUUCUGACAUGGAAGGAUGCAGGGUGAUCAAGCUGAUCGCUGAAGCGAGAGAGAUUGCCGUGUCAGUCCUCGAAUUGACAUUGAAUCUCCUCUCGAAGCAAAUCACGAUGCCCAGUUCUAGCAAGUGGUCACUCGUCUCCAAGUCUUUCAAAAAGAAGAGAGUUGUAUGCGAGGAGGAACAAUUGCAAGGGUUGGAGCAGGACAUUGUUGAUCUUGAGAGCGGAGUUGGGGCUUUGUUCAGGACAUUGAUCCAGAGCAAAGUUUCUCUUCUGAACACUCUUAGCUUGUAGACAGAUCAUACAACAAUUCUGACCCCCUGAGAUUAGCAUCCGCCUUUUAUUGGAUCCGCUGAUCUAGAACCAAAUUUUUGAUGUACAUAUAUAUGAGAGGAAGUGUAUAGAAAAUUGCAUGAUUGAGAAGCAAAGUUUUUGAUCCA